AUGAAAUGCCAUUGUUGUGCGUGUGUCGAAUGGGAUUUAUUAAAAAAUUCUACUGAUCUCAAAGAUUUAACAUGUAUACAAGACAGAACAAACUUCGAUUCACUUCGUUUUGCAUUAAUAACAGUAUUUCAGAUCAUAACACAAGAAGAUUGGAAUGAAGUACUUUAUAAUGGAAUGACAAAGAUAGGUCCAUGGUCAGCAUUAUAUUUUAUUGUACUUAUAGUAGUUGGCAAUUAUAUAUUAUUGAAUUUACUUGUUGCUAUUCUUGUUGAAAGUUUUUCAAAUGUACAAGAAGAUAUUACAACAAAUAGUAAUAAGAGUACAGAUAGAUUGAAGAAAGUAGAUCCGUUUCAAAUACAAGCAAUUAUCACAGGUAAUAUUCAAAUACCGGAGAAUCUCGAUGAAUCGACUAAUAUUAAACUCACUAAUGAUGAUAAGAAAAAUGAUCGACGACAAGAUGCAUUAACCAGUUCUGUACGUCGUACAAGUUCUGAUCCAUCAUUUCCAUUAUCAUCAACACGAUAUUUUAUUGUUCACGACGGAAAUUUAAUUGAACAAGAAUCAAAUAAGAUAACAAAUACAUGCUUAAAUCCAAUUGUUAAAUGUCGAUCAACAAUCGAUAAUUUAUCACAUUCAUUUAAUCAAAAUUUAUCGACAAGUAUUUAUCAAACACCAAGAAACCAAGAAAAAAAUGAUAGACAUACAGUAUCUAAUACUAGUAGUACUAUACGACUUGCUAUUGGUACUCAACUACCGAUAAACGAUCAAAACAAUAUGCAAUUAGAUGUGUCAACUAGAGAUGAUGCACAAUUGGAAUUAACAACUCAAAAAUUAGGAAUUAUUCGCUCAUGUUUAAGUCGAUGUAGCGAACAACAAAUAUUUAAAUGUUUAAAGAAGCGAGAAGACUAUUCACUUUAUCUUUUUUCACCUUCGAAUAGUAGACUACGCAAAGUAUUUCAACGAUUAAUUGUACAAAAAUCAUUUGAUUAUUUAAUGUUUUUCUUUAUUUUUCUCAAUUGUAUUACACUUGCUAUGGAACGUCCAUCAAUUUCUCCUAUAAGUUUCGAACGGCAAGUUUUGAACUACGCUACUUAUAUAUUUACAGCUAUUUUUACUAUUGAAAUGAUGAUUAAAGUAAUUGCAAGUGGACUUAUUUUUGGACCUAAUACAUAUUUACAUACCGGUUGGAAUGUUAUGGAUGGAUUUAUUGUAAUUAUUUCAGUUGUUAAUAUUGGUAUAAUGAAUCGAAGUAGUAUUACGUUAUCCACAGAGUCGUAUACAACAUCAAAUAAUCUGAGCGUGUUAAAAGUCUUUCGUUUAGUACGAAUAUUACGACCACUCUCAGUUAUCAAUCGGGCAUCUGGCCUUAAACUUGUUGUUCAAACUUUACUUUCAUCAUUGAGUUCAAUCGGUCAUGUUGUUAUUAUUUGUUGUAUAUUCUUUCUCGUCUUUGGCAUUCUUGGUGUUCAGGUGAAAGAAAGAAAUACAGCUCGAUAUAAAAAGUUCAAAAUGAUUUACUUUUGAAGUUGUUAUUAGGGGUGGAAAGUUACCAUUCCCAGACCGUUUCCCGGGAAUGGUAACAGUAACGGUUCCUAUGGAAGGAGUUACCAGUUACCCAAGUAACUGGUAACGGGUCAACUUAAAAAAUAACGCAAUGGCAAAAUUCUGUUGACAGAAAGUAAUAAUUUAUCUUUUUCGAGGAGUUACCAGGAAAAAGUAACUGGUAACGGUCCCGUUCGCGUUACCUUGGUAACUGGUAACUGUCCUGUUACCGUUACCCGGGAACGGUAACGGGAACUUCCCGCCCCUAGUUGUUAUACGAUAGUAUAAAAAUAAUUUUGAUUCUUAUGGAUAAAGUUCGAUAUUCAUCUGGAGUAUAUUAGAAACCUAGUCAAAUGUUUUAUUGUACUGAUUUUUUACGACUAUUCUUAAGUUUUCCUUAAGAAUAUACUGAAAAAGCUUGUUAGCACAACUCCUUUGGAGCUGAAAUGUGGAACUCACAUAUAUCCUUAAACCUUAAUGUUCUAAUGUAUCAUAUGUAAAUUGAAAAAUUUCGUGAAUACUGUAGUUGUUUUCAUUGAUAAUCAAUGAUAAGAGCGAGACUGUCCCAUGUAAAUUUUGUUUUCAAGAAAAACGCGUCUGAGUUGCGUUUCGUUGCAUGUGUAUCGCAACAGAGAAACUCAAUAAACGCGUCUCCAGUGAAACAAUUCUUGCGUCUAGACGAGAUUUUUUCCAACCGUGUUUAGACGCGAUUUUCUGCAACCGCGUCUAGACGCAAGAAAUGUUUCACCGGAGACGCAGUUCCCAACCAAAUUGCGGUUAGACGCGAUUAUGAAUUAAAUCGCGUCUAAACGUGUGCGGUUCGGUAUUUAAAAUUUUUAAAAAAUAUUACAAUCCGUCUCAGGUUUGAUAGGAGUCGCCAUCGAUAUCCUCUAACGAUGAUCUUUACCUCACUAUAGGCGAACGGAAUGUUGAAAUGUUGAUUUAUCUAAAAUGAUAGAAAUGAGAUUAGAACAAGUGAACUAGCGAUUUAGAAGCAAGUAUACGUACCAUGAAGCCACAUGUGACCACAAUCACUGUCGAAUGAAACAGAAAGUAUAUAUGAAUCACGACUUCAUAUCUAUAGGUACAAAUGCAUCUAUCAAUAGAAUGUUUUCUGCCUAAAUUAUAUCUCAUUUGUUAAUAUUUAUAUUCUUGUAUGGAAAAAAAACUUGCAUAAAAUUGCAUAUAUUAAAAUUUCUUUAAAAUUUUCGGAAAUUUUUCUUUUCACAAAUAAUUUUCACUUAUUUUGUUAUAAAUUACUGAUACUUAUAAUAUUAAAUACUGCCUAUCUUUUAAAAUUGAUUAUAUAGUUAUUUUAUUUUAUCAAAUAUCAUAUACUGUUUUCGUCUUUCUUUUUUGUUAUAUAAAAAAGCAUUUAGCAAAGCUUUUCUUCAAACCACGUUAACAUAAAAAGAUAAAUUUUAAUUUCUAAAGUGUCUUUUUCUUUGAGUUUUUAGCAAAUAUAUAUACGUCAGUAGGGCACUAAGUGCAGGAUUUGCAAGUUUGUUUGUUAUGUGCACGCGAUGGGUAAUGUAGAGACGAUGUUGUAUGUCUAGGAAACGUAGAAAAGAGAUUUGUCUAUUAGAUUUUCUAUUUGAGUUUGAAUAUCUUCUUGGGCAUCUUCAUUUCGUAACAAUAUAAAAUGAAAACAACAUACAUGAUUUGACAUGAAUUGAACACUAUGCCACCCACAACAUUUAAACACUGGAAGUGCAAUUAUUUUAUGACAAAGUAUAUUUUAUUCUUAAAACAAAGUUCAAAUUGAGUACAUAAUUUAUAAUUUAAAUUUCAAAAAGAUUCUUUUGAUCAAAAAGUGAAAAUAAAUUUUAUCUUUCGUCUUUUAGAGCAGACUUCUUGAUCUAUGAUUUGAUGCAAAACUAGUUUAUAUUUAUCACUUUUCUUGAAAACAGGCUAUCGAUUAAUAGAAAUAGUGCUGAGUAGAGAGAUAGUCUCAUUAUACUAAUGGUCACUCGUAUAACUUUUUUGAUACAUUAGAAAAAUGAAGUUUCUAAAGAAAUUCAUUCGUGCUACGAUAUAAACCUCUUUCUCUUAUACAUGAAGUACAUAAACUUUGAAACUAAACAUUUCUUUCUAUUCUUGCCAAGUUCGACCGGGGUACAGAUAAUAAAAUUUUAUGUCUUCUUCUUUUAAAUAGUUUUUUGAUCAAUUGCGUACAGACACAGUUUCAUGUAAAAUCACAUUCACACGUGUGUAAACAGUUUUUAUCACCCGCGUACAAAUGCGGUUCCAUAGAAAAUGAGUUGAGCUGCGGCUCAGAAUUUCAUCUGACCGCGUCUUGGUGCGUUCUAACUCAAACCGCAUCCAGUCGCGUUUGAACAUUUUUUUUAUUGAACGCGUUUUCAUUUAUAAUAGCGUCAAGAUGCGUUCGAAAUUUUCUUCAGCUGCGUCUAGACCAGUGUGGGAGUUACAACUAUUUUUCAAAAAGUUGAUAGUUGAGAAAAACGGCAAAAAGUUAAAAUGGUUAUAACUCGGGUUAUAACUAUCAACCUCAGUUAUAACUAUCAAUCCGAGUUAUAACUAUCAACUGCAAUUAUAACUAUCAACCUCAGUUAUAACUAUCAAUCCGAGUUAUAACUAUCAGCUGCAAUUAUAAUUUUCAACCGCAGUUAUAACUUUCAACCGUAGUUAUAACUAUCAACUGUAGUUAUAACCGCAGUUAUAACUAUAGUUAUAACUUUCAACUUCAUUAACUUUCUUAAUCUUUUAAGCAGAAUUGAUUAAAUUGAAAGAGUAAUUACCUUGAUUUAUUGACAUCUUUGAUAGAAUAGGUAGAAAUACAUAUAUUUGCAAUGUUCUUUAAUUCAGAAAAGCAAUGUUUUUUAUAAGUCCUUAUUCAGUACUUUUAAUGUAUUCAUCUACAAGCUAUAUUUUCUUCUAUCUAUACAUCGACCUAGAACAUACUUGUAAGUAAAUAUAUCUUUCGUUAUACGAUUAAUUAUAAUCUUAAGUUGUGAACAGCUGAGAAUAAUAUUUAAAAAAAGAAACAACCCUAUUUUUAAUUUUAAUUCUUUAAAAUAGUGCUACUAAUCUACGAUACAUGUUGUGACGAAACUAAGAUACUAGUCUCUGUCAAGAUAAUCACAUACGUUUUACUUCAAUUCGAAGUCAUUGUAUCAGCUUAUUUUCUGUUCACUUUUAUACAAUCAUUACCAUUUAUAUGAAUAUGUAUGGUAUUCUACCUUUUCCUUCUUUUCCCACAUCUAUAUAUAAUUGAACGAAGAAAAGAAAUGGAAGAAUAAGAAAAUCAAGAUGACAAGAGCACAAGGAAAUAGGUGAUUGAAAGAAAAGAAAAUACAAUCAUUAUAUUUUUUAUCUCAAAGAUAAGGAGAAACGAUUGUAACAUUAUUCAAGGAAAAAAAUGAAUAAUGUCAUGUUGACGUUUGCGGAAGCAUAUCUUAUUUAUGGACCUCCGUUUGAUCAGUAGUUUUAAUUAGUUUAAAGUUACGAGCAGUGAUAAGAGUAAAAGGGUGUCCCACAAUAACUAAUGAUAAAUUGUUAAUGAUAUUUUUCAUACUUUUUCGUGAUGUAGAGGACUGAAAUUUUUAUCACAUAUAUAUCUAAUGGAGAUCUUUUAUUUCUGAAGGUUUCAGCUCUCUGGCUAAAACUAGUAAUGAAAUGCAUCGACAAGAUUAAAAUACAUGAAUUUUCCUACUCGAUUUUCUCAAUAUUUUUUACUGUGAAAAUAUUACAGAGUACUUCCAAGGGGACUCAACCAAAAAAUGACGAAGUAUUUAGAAAAUUGUCUUUCGUGUCAGACUUUAUAGAGCGUUUUUCGCUGAUCAUCUUGCUAAAAACUACUUUCGAAAUUUCAUUGAGAAAUGACGAUGUUAUAGACAAAAUACUAAACACUGUAAAAAUGGGUUAAAAUGUAAGUAAAAGUCAAUUCACAUAUCUCAAAAUGGCUAUAUUCUGGAGAAAUGUGAGAUAGUAGGUUUUGUAGAGGAAAGUUUGCUCUACAAAACCCUAUAGUCAGUUUCUCAGAUACUGACGAAUAGGAUAUAUAAAUCGUGAUUAAACAUUGUACACGACAUUCUUAUCAAAAAAAUCUGACAUCUUCUGUUUUUACGAUAAAUAUUUUGACUAUAACAUCGCCAUUUCUCAAUGAAAUUCGAAAAGUUUUUUUUUACCAAAAUGAUCAGCGAAAAAAGCUCUACAAAGCCUGAUGUGAAAGAAAAUUUUCUAAAUACUUUGUCAUUUUUUGGUUGACUAUCCAUGGAAUUACCAUACUAUCCCUCCUAUAUUCAUUACAAAAAUUUGUGUAUUUCAAUCUUGCCGAUGCAUUUCAUUACUAGUUUUAGCUAGAGAGCUGAAACCUUCAGAAAUAAAAGAUCUUCAUUAGAUAUAUAUAUGUGAUAAAACUUUCAGCCCUCUACAUCAAGAAAACGUAUGAAAAAUAUCGUUAAAAAUUUAUCAUGAGUUAUUAUGGGACACCCUUUAUGUUGAUUAGUGACUGUAUUGAGACUGACUAUAUUUAAUAGAAUUUAUGACUAUAACUAUGAUUGAUAGUCAUGACUAGGGUUGAGAGUCGUAGCAAUCACACUUUCUUACUAGUUUUACUUUAUUGUUCAAGUUUCAAAGACACAUUUAUAUUUUGAAACUACAUAUGCUUGACUACUAUAUUUUCAGUGGAAACGGUUGUAAUUCCAAGCUUUGUUGAUAGCUGUCGACAUAGAAAAGAAUUCCUAAUGUUACUCCACAAAGAAUAGUUGUCUCAUUCAGGCUCGAUGUAUAGAUAGUAAAAAAUAUAGCUUGUAGAUGAAUACAUUAAAAGUACUGAAUAAGGACUUAUAAAAAACAUUGCUUUUCUGAAUUAAAGAACAUUGCAAAUAUAUGUAUUUCUACCUAUUCUAUCAAAGAUGUCAAUAAAUCAAGGUAAUUACUCUUUCAAUUUAAUUAAUUCUGCUUAAGGCCACCCCCCCCCCUCCAAAAUCGAUUUCUGACUUAGGAUCAUCCAAAUGAGCU